AUGGUGCUACCAGGGGAGAUGAACGUGCGGUCUGAGACCGUACAAAAGGCAAGGCAGUUACUAAGCACUUUUCGGAAGAAAAAUGAGCAAAGAUUUAAGUUUGAAUAUAUUAUUGGCGAAGGGUCCCAUGGAUUCACAACGAGAUUUAAAGCCAGGAUUAUGGAGGUUGAUGAAUCUGGUCCACCAUUAUCAGUGCCCAAAAUAGAGAGAUUUGUGAUGAAGAGAUCCAUCUUGGCGCAUGAAGAACACCUAAUCCAGCGAGAAAUUGAUGUUCUAGGGGCACUCCAAGAUUCGGAACACAUUCAACAGCUUUACUGGAUUAAAGGGGAACCAAGGGCCAGUUACAUAUCCUACGUAAAGGGACCAUCAUUGUUAACACACUGGGUCGAGAAUGGUACACUUUUGGAUAUGAUACAAGAUAGGUUGCCUGAAUGGAAUGGACCCUUGCCUAAUCGAUUACUUUGGGGAGUUUUCUUCUGUUUGGUUCGAAUGCUAGUCGCGAUGGCUUGGGACGGUGAGGAACGUCCGCCGCGAGAUUCCUCAGGCCAACCCCUUCCAGAAACAGGCAGAGUUCAUGGGGAUUUUCAAAGUGGGAAUAUUUUGAUAGGGGAUUUUGACCCCGACGAACAUUCCCUUUUCCCUGGACUCGUUCUCUUUGACUUCGGAAGUUCUAAUGAGCUUAGUGAUGGUAAACCUCCGAGCACAGCAUCCAAAACAAACAUAUUUAACGCCGGCAGGGUUAUGAUCGAAUUAAUAGGGGGUACUGUUAAAUGUAGCGGAAAGAUGAAAAUAGAUACGGAAGCAGGAGAAGAAACUAUACAAUCGUACGCACGAGACUUAGAUGGUUUAAAUUCGGUAUAUAAAGUUCCAACUGCUAUUGCUAACCGCCAAAAACAGAAAUUGGCCAACUUGGACCCGGAUCUUAGGAGCCUUAUUGCGCGAUGUUUAGCGAAUGACAUUAAGAAGCGGCCAAAUCUCGAAGAUCUCUACGACGAAGUUGAAAGAAAUGUUGAGGAAAAGCAGCAAAAGGACUAUGCUGGCAAGGCAUCUCACAAAAAUGAAUCUAACGGUGGGGUACGCAAUGUCGCGAAAGAACUCAUGGUGCUCCAAGAUAUUAAAUCAUCCCUAUCAGCGUUACAAAUAAAUAAGUAGUUGGGUACCUGGACAGUAUAGCAUAGACACACCACUGUAUUACUUAGCCACCCAAUGAGUAUUACGUAUAAAAUAUAGAAGAAGUGGAC